UCGUCGGCGAGGUGGCUCUGGCGCUGGUGGCGGCUGCUGCAGUGACUGAGGACUGAGGCGGUGGAAGUGCCAUCAUCGGCUAGGUUGGCUCAGGCUUCGGCUCAUGGCAUCGAGUGGCAUCCAUCGUAAGUGGUAGAGUUGGUAGAUGUGCCCAGGCCAGACAGUGCGGCUGGACACAAGAUUAUUAACUGAAGACAAAAUAAGUAGCUAUGCAAAAUUCUCACAUGGAUGAGUACAGGAAUUCUAGUAAUGGCAGCACAGGCAACAGUUCAGAGAUAGUGGUAGAACGUCCUCCUGAUUUCAGUACUGAGAUUAUGAAUGUUACAGAAAUGGAACAGUCACCUGAUGGCUCUCCUAAUGUGAAUGCAUCUACAGAAGAAAGUGAUAUGGCAAAUGCUGUGGACCUUCCAGCAACAGCAACAGAAACAGAAGCAAAUUUCCCUGCGGAAUAUGAAAAAUUUUGGAAAACCGUAGAAAAUAAUCCCCAGGAUUUUACAGGCUGGGUAUAUUUACUUCAGUAUGUAGAACAGGAGAAUCACUUGAUGGCUGCCAGAAAAGCAUUUGACAAAUUUUUCAUACACUAUCCAUAUUGCUAUGGUUACUGGAAAAAGUAUGCAGACCUUGAAAAGCGGCAUGACAACAUUAAACAAUCAGAUGAGGUUUAUCGGCGGGGGCUUCAGGCAAUACCUCUUAGUGUUGACCUUUGGAUACAUUACAUAAACUUCUUAAAAGAAACCUUGGAUGCUGGUGAUCCUGAGACAAACAGUACAAUAAGAGGAACUUUUGAGCAUGCUGUUCUAGCUGCAGGAACAGAUUUCCGAUCGGACAGACUGUGGGAAAUGUACAUAAACUGGGAAAAUGAACAGGGAAACUUGAGAGAAGUUACAGCUAUAUAUGAUCGUAUUCUUGGUAUUCCAACACAGCUCUAUAGUCAUCAUUUUCAGAGAUUUAAAGAACAUGUACAGAAUAACUUGCCUAGAGAUCUUUUAACUGGUGAACAGUUUAUUCAGCUGCGAAGAGAAUUAGCUUCCGUCAAUGGACAUAGUGGUGAUGAUGGUCCUCCUGGUGAUGAUCUGCCUUCGGGAAUUGAAGAUAUAACUGAUCCAGCAAAGCUAAUUACUGAAAUAGAAAACAUGAGACACAGAAUCAUUGAGAUUCAUCAAGAGAUGUUUAAUUAUAAUGAACAUGAAGUUAGUAAAAGAUGGACAUUUGAAGAAGGUAUUAAAAGACCUUAUUUUCAUGUGAAGCCAUUGGAAAAGGCACAGCUAAAAAACUGGAAAGAAUAUUUAGAAUUUGAAAUUGAAAAUGGAACUCAUGAACGUGUUGUGGUUCUGUUUGAAAGAUGUGUCAUAUCAUGUGCCCUCUAUGAGGAGUUUUGGAUUAAGUAUGCCAAGUACAUGGAAAACCAUAGCAUUGAAGGAGUGAGGCAUGUCUUCAGCAGAGCUUGUACUAUACAUCUUCCAAAGAAACCCAUGGUGCAUAUGCUUUGGGCAGCAUUUGAGGAACAGCAGGGUAAUAUUAAUGAAGCCAGGAAUAUCUUGAGAACAUUUGAAGAAUGUGUUCUAGGACUGGCAAUGGUUCGUUUGCGAAGAGUAAGUUUAGAACGGCGGCAUGGCAAUUUGGAAGAAGCCGAACAUUUGCUUCAGGAUGCCAUUAAGAAUGCCAAGUCAAAUAAUGAAUCAUCAUUUUAUGCUAUCAAACUAGCCCGACAUCUGUUCAAAAUACAAAAAAAUAUUCCAAAGUCAAGAAAGGUGCUUUUGGAAGCAAUGGAAAGAGACAAAGAGAACACAAAGUUACACCUCAAUUUACUUGAAAUGGAGUAUAGUGGUGACCUCAAACAAAAUGAAGAAAAUAUCUUAAAUUGUUUUGACAAAGCUAUACAUGGUUCGUUACCUAUUAAAAUGAGAAUUACAUUUUCUCAGAGAAAAGUGGAAUUUCUUGAAGAUUUUGGUUCAGAUGUUAAUAAACUUCUGAAUGCUUAUGAUGAACAUCAAACACUCCUAAAAGAACAGGAUUCUUUAAAAAGGAAAGCAGAAAAUGGAUCAGACGAACCAGAGGAAAAGAAAGCACAUACAGAAGAUACAAGUCAGUCAUCUACGCAGAUGAUCGAUGGUGAUUUACAGGCAAAUCAAGCUGCAUAUAACUACAGUGCCUGGUAUCAGUACAAUUAUCAGAAUCCUUGGAAUUAUGGACAAUAUUAUCCUCCUCCUCCAACCUGAUGGAAAAAAAUGUACAAUGAAGUGUGAGAAAAGUAUGAAAUUAUUUUUUUUUAAAUGAGGGAUGUAAACAUAGCAUAAGCUUGUGGUAUUUGGUAACGUCUUCCCUGUUUCUGUGUAACAUGAUUUGUUUUUAGUAAUAGGGGAAAAUGUCAAUAAGUAGCUCACCACAGAUACUAUUUCCUACCAUUUAUAAAGUUUACUUUUUAUUGAAGAACUAUUUUUUUGAUUUUUGCAUUAAGUGGUCUAGAAUUCUUUUGCAAUGCAUUUGCAACAGAGUUUUGUAGCCUUAAGAGUAGGAAAAAAUAUACUGACUGCAAAUCAUGUCAGUAUAGUGUAAGAUUCUGAAAACACAUAAGGGCUGGUUACCAAGGAUUUACCUCCUCUAUAAAAAAACAGGCCUUUGCUAAGGUUGUAUGUGUGUUUCAGUUUUACUUGUGAAUUUGGAUCAAAGGGCAGAUACACUAUUAAAGUACAUUGCCUUGGAAUAGAGAUUAUAACUAAGAAAAUGGAAUGUUUGCAUCCCUUUAAAAAAUGAAAAUCAUAUCAGAAGUAUAUUGUUUCAGGAGACUUUGUAUUUAGGAUAUUCAUGUAAAACUUGUGAGCAAGCUUUCAUUUUGAUCAAACUGAUCAUCUUCAUUUUUGUAAUAAAACUGAAGACUCA